AUGAUGAGCCGGCGGAUGUUAACGAAGGAGGAGGAGGAUGCCAUGGGCGACGAGGUUGAGGUUCGCCGAGAGGACCAAGACAAGAUCAACAAGUUUAGCCGCCUCCACCAGCACGAGCUCUCAAUAGAAGAGGAGUUGAAGACGAAGAAUAAGGAGAAGGAGGAGCUGGACGAUAUCACGAGUGAGCUGGAGCUUGCCGAUGAGGACGAUAACGUGCCGUGA